UCGGACGGGCUUGUGAAUCUACAUACAUGCCUUCGUCAUCUUUGAUUCUUGAGUUCGACACAUUGCUCGCACUUCGUCCAUCCUUCCGCUAACACAACAAUAGGAAGCAAUAAUUGCAACUGCGCAUUCAUUCCAACACAAAUUGUUCACUGGAACCGUUUUCUUUCACGCAUUUGAUUAAACAAUUGUGAAUUGAAAGAAUCUGUUUCAUCCAUCGCAGAAAGCAGUCAAGAAGCUAUUACAAAUGAGUGCAGGUGGUGCAUUUGGUGGGAAUAGAGGACUGAGACCAGUGCCUCCAGAAAAAGGAGUCUUCCCUUUGGAUCACAUGCAUUUAUGUGACCUGGAAAAGAAAGAAUACCUCAGCUGUCUAAAAUCUUUGGGUCACCAAUCUGAAAAAUGCAGACGCUUUUCAAAGAAGUAUCUAGAGUGUCGUAUGGAAAAGAACUUGAUGGCAAAGCAAGACAUGUCAGAACUAGGAUUUGGGAAGGAAGGUGCCAUCGAAGCUUCUGGUGAGAAUGUCAACGAGAGGAUUGAUAACUGAGGUUUACAAUCAAGUGGAGGAAGAGCUUUUCUAUUUGGCAGUGUCUUUUCCAUGAUUGGUAUCUAUUAUCAUGGAAAUUGGAAAUACAUGUAAAACAAUCAAAAAGAAAAGUGAAAGUAUAAAUUUUGCAGGUGUGAUUGUAGUUAGUGAGGAUUGAUUUUGGGUAAAAAUAACCCCAUUAACUCA